GAUAAUGUUAAAAUGAUCAACAAUGAUAAUACUGAUAAUGAUCAACAACACUAUAUAUGUACAAUAUGUGAUCGUACAUUUAUAUCAAAACAUGGUUUAUCAAUACAUCAAGCGUUUCAUAUGAACAAAGCGAUGAUUAUCAAUGAUAAUACAACAACAAAUGAUAUUGAGAAUGAUAAUAAUGAUGAUAAUAAAGCAACAAGUCCAUCAGUUUAUAAAUGUUUACAAUGUAAUAAAAUAUUUUGUACACAAAAACAAUUACGUAAUCAUAAAAAAAGUCAUGGUAGUAAAAUGUAUGAAUGUACGAUUUGUUCAAAAACAUUUUCAAUUAAAGCACGAUUACAAAUUCAUUUACGUACACAUACUGGGGAAAAACCAUACGAAUGUCCGACAUGUUUUAAACGUUUCGGGAAUACAACAUCGUUGCGUAUACAUGAUUUAAUACAUUCUGGUGCACGACCACACUAUUGUAAUAUUUGUACACGUCGAUUUAAACAACAUUCACAUUUAAAGAAUCAUUUGUUAACACAUACGGGGUUACGUCCAUUUAAAUGUUCGAUAUGUAAUAAAACAUUUGUGUUUAAAGGUAAUUUAACGGUACAUGAAAGAAUGCAUACGGGUGUUACACCGUAUGUAUGUAAUAUAUGUAAUAAAGGUUUUUAUGAUUCAAGUCGAAUGAAAAAACAUCGUAAAAUACAUGAAAAUAAUAAAAAAGUUAAUUAA